UUCUGAGUUUUAUAUUUGGCUGUGAAAAGGUUUAGAUUAGAUUCAUUCAGCGGACAUAUUAUUACAUAUAAAACAGUAAUAUACAUAAUAAAGCCUAACUAACCAAUUUCGUGAGGAUUUUCUAUCGUGUUUUGAGGCUAUAAUGUCAUUCAGUAUUCCCUUAAAGGUUCUUUAUGAUGCUAUCGGAACCAAGGUCUCUCUUGAAUUAGCCAACGGUGAGGUGUACAGCGGUACUCUCACGGAACUGCAGGAUACGAUGAACGUGCUCUUAGUUGAUGCCACAAAAGUUAGCAAAUCCGGUAAGAAAACGACCAUGAAAAGUGUCUUUUUGCGUGGCUCCAAUGUCGUUUUUUUCCAGUUAUCUGAUUUACUUCAGAUGAGCCCGGCGUUGUUAGCGGCCGGAAAGUUGGCUCCUAAGGCCCAGGAUAAGCGAGGGGAUGGGAAGGGCUUUGGCAGUAGCCGCAAGUUCCACCACGAUUGAAAAGGCAAAGACGCGAAAGGAUAACCAGUUAUGCACCUAGGCCCAAGUUAAUGAGUUUGAAUGAAUAAAAAGGUAGACUGCAAAAAUAUGAACUCUUCGUCAUUUGAUGCAUCUAGAAGCAAGGUCGAUAAGAAUGUGUCAUUUAAGAUUUUAAAUCGAGACUGCGUGCAUUCAAUGAAUCAAAGGUGGGGAAGGUGGAAGAACUUCUUCCUUUUCCAAAGAAUAUCUGUGAGUUUAUUUCAACAUUUGAGGUACAUCCACAAUUGAAUGAGGAAGGUAAGUAUAUUGUGCGGCUUUUAUUGGUGAAAUGUGUAAGUUCUUUUAUACAUAUAGAGAGAGGGUGUGAGAGAAGA